AUGAAGUUUCUCUCUAUUGUUGCUCUGCUCCCCCUCGGCACCCUCGCCGUUCCCACUCUGGUGGAACGAUCCCCCACUCCUGUGGAGCGCGACAUCGCCACUUUCCAAAGCAUCCUUGCUGGUAUCAACAACCAAGUCAAUUCCCUCGAUGCUUCCAUCCAGGCCACUCCCAUUGACGCGGACGCUAUCAUCGCGCAAUCCAAUGCCCUCAUCGAGGCCAUCAACAAUGGUGUGACUGUCGUCCAGGCUCAGCCUGUCCUCAGCCAGUUCGACGCUCUUGGCCUCGUCGCGCCAACCCAGGAUCUCUCUGCCGAUACCGAGACUGCCAUUCAGCAUCUCAUCGCUAUCAAAGAUACCCUUGUUGCUGAUGGUUACGGAUGCACUACACUUGAGGCUCUUGAAAACCAACACGCUGCUGCUCUUGCACUUGCUGCGGCGAUUACUGCCAAAGUCCCGGCUGCCCUCCAGGAACUUGCUCAGGAGCUUUCGGCCGGUAUUGCCAAUGCAAUCCAGGGUGGCUUGGAUGCGUAUGCGGAUGCUUGUACGGCGACGACUACUACCACCACGACUACGACUACCACUACAACUACUGAUGAGCCGACGACUACUACGACCACUACCACUACUACAGAUGAACCGACAACCACCUCGACAACCACGGAUGAACCCACCACCACUACAACGACAGAUGACUGCGAACCAACUACCACCACAACUACAGACGAACCGACAACCACAGAUGAACCGACAACCACCACCACAACGCCUCCAGUAACCUGCCCCGGCCCAUCCACUACGACCGUGACCAGCACAACCACCGCACCUGGCAGCACCGUGACCCUGCCUGGCACGACAGUCACUCUUCCCGGUAGCACGGUGACAAUCACUCAGCCGCCGUCCACUACAACUGUCACCACAACUAUUCCGGGAACCAUAACCAGCUGCCCGUUCGGAGGUACUGUGACUGUCACAAAGACCAAAACCAAGACCAAGACUAAGACGGUAACCAAGACUGUUCGGCCUCUGCCGACCUGGUGGCCUUGGGGCCAUUAA